CCUGCUCAGUCCUCAGGAAUGCCUCGGCGGCGGCUGUCACAGUGACAGCAGCAGGAGGACGUGCUGCCUGCCGGCACCUCUGGGCGCUGGAUCUGCCUACCGAGGCCCCGGGCGGGCGGAGAGGUGCCUGCUGCUCCUCCUGGCUUCAGCCACACCGCACGCAGCACAGAGGAAUGCCACCCAGGGCUGCACACAGACCAGCGGAUCGGGCAGCCACUGAGCGGGAAACGAGGGGCAGCAGAGGCUUUUCUGGAAAACAGCCCCUGGGGGCACAGGCCCGCACUGGGGCCUGGACUGCGGCUGGGGCAGCGGCCACUCAGCCACCCGCUCCCCCUGGGACCUGGGUCUCCUGCCUUCACUUCCUGGGAGGAACCAGGAAGGUGCGGUGACCUCACCCUGUGUGUGUGUCAGGCGUGAGCUGAGGCCCUGCCUCCCCGGAGCGGCCAUGUCCGAAGGGGAGAGCAAGGACAGCUCGGGCAGCGAGUGCCCCGUGUGCUACGAGAAGUUCCGAGACCUGGAGGGCGCCAGCCGGACGCUGAGCUGCGGCCACGUGUUCUGCCAUGACUGUCUGGUCAAGUACCUGCUCUCCACCCGCGUGGACGGGCAGGUCCAGAGGUCCAUCGUCUGCCCCAUCUGCCGCUACGUCACCUUCCUCAGCAAGAAGAGCUCCCGCUGGCCCUCCAUGCUGGACAAGAGCGCCCAGACCCUGGCGGUGCCCACGGGCCUGCCCCCUGGGCCGCCGGCCGCCAGUGCCCGGGGCCACACCCACCCCACGGCCGGCGCCCAGCCCGGCUGGAGGGCGUCCCCCAGUCAGAGUCCCCAGCUCCCCAUGGACUUACUGCCCAGCCUGCCCCGGGAGCCCCAGAUCUUCAUCAUCAGCCGCCACGGGAUGCCCCUGGGGGAGCAGGACAGCGUCCUGCCGCGCCGCAGCCUGGCCGAGCUCUCCGAGGCGUCCCCGGCGCCCCGCUCCACCCGGUCCUUCUGCUGCCGCUCCCGGGCCCUCCUGCUCAUCACCCUCAUCGCCGUGGUGGCGGUGGUCGCUGCCAUCUUGCCCUGGGUGCUGCUGGUGAGGAAGCAGGCGUGAGAGGAGGCACCUGCAGGGCCACCCAGCGAGGCCCGGCCUGAGGGCGACUCUGGAAGCUGCCCCACCCGCCCCUCCCCGCCGGCUGGCCAGGCCUGGGCGGGGCAGGGGGCCCCAGGGCAGCCGCAGGCCCUGAGGUGCGGCCGGCAGAGGGGACACGGGGAGCAGAGGGGGGGCAUCAGGAUGGUGCUCACUGGAGGUGUGUGGCAUCACCUGGCCACCAGCUCCCUGCUCCCAGCCGGGGUCCGGCAUGACGGGGAAGCCGGGGCGGUGAUCUCGGCCAGAGCUGAGCUGAGCACCUGAGCUCUAGACCGAAACGGAAACUGCAGGUCCUGGGUCAGGGUCACACGCGCGAUGGAAACAAGCCCAGGAGCCUCCGCAGACGCUCUCUCCUCCCUCCAGGCCGGGGCUGGGCCAGGUGGGAAGGUGGGUGCUGCCCCUUCGCGGGGUGGCCAGCCCUGGGGUGUGCUCACCUGCCGGGUGACCCACCUGAAGCAGGUGGGGCUCCCUCGCGGGGACAAGGAGUUCUGCUGGAUGGGGGCCCCAUGGCAGGACGCGGCCGGGUCAGAACUCCCACCCAGGCAGGAGUCUCUAGUCUGUUCUCACAAACAGAAGGGGCCCAAAGCACACGUGCUCCCCAGAAUCUCAGCGCCCACCCCUGACCCUCACAGCCGGACCCCCAAAUCGCCAGCCUGGAAGGUGACCUCUCCGAGGAAGUAGCUGACCUCAGAGGCUGGGGCCCAGGGUUUCUGGGGGAACAGACGAAGGUCUUCCUGGGAGCAGGGGCCACGUUGGGAAACAGGCGUUUGCUGACAGAAGCGAGGCCAGCAGAACGGCCGCGCUCACAGCCAGAGUGCUCCCCAUGCCUCCCGGGCCUGAGGAAGGGUCCGCAGGUGGAGUCUUGGGUUGUCAAGGAUGGACAGGAAGACGGGGAGUGCAGAAGCUUAAUGGCAGAGACUUGAAUCAGCUACGAACUAUGAGGGCAAAUUAACCCCUGGGGCUCCCACCUCUCCCAGCACAAGGCCUCCUCCUCAUGACCCAACCACUCAUCAGAGGCCACACCAGCUGGGCCAGUUUCCGAGGUGGAUUCCCAGGCUGGGCUGGGUGGGGAAGGGUGGGGAAGACAACAGAUGUGCUUGUCAGGGACACCACAGCCUCGACUGCAUCCUGAAACGCAGGUGCUGUCAGCCACUGGGCAAGGCCUCCUCACCUGGGGACCCAACCCUGGACGGCGCUGGGGACCCCUGAUGAGAUCCACUAGGGAGCAAGCCAUUCGGGAACAACUAUUUUCUGUUUACGAAGGCCCAGAAGUCACUGGGCCGUACUCUUCCAUUCAUUUUAGGAUUAAAACAAAAACAACCUCCAGCUAUUUGCUCAAACCGGUGGUUGUUUGCAGUCCAGGUGUGCCGACAGCCGAGCCCUCCACAACCUAUACCUCUCUGGGCAGUUGGCUCCCCGUGCUAGAGGGACACGGGGAGGGCUGGCCUCAGCACGCAUGGACUUCCGGAGCCUCUUCUCAAGACCCGAGAAGAGCAUAGUGCUGUUUGGGGAAGACAGUUGGAUCCGUGGGGAAAAUAUUUAUUACAGGAAAACAAAUGUUACAUUUACAAAAGGCUCUAACGAGUCUGUUUUACCAAACUCAGCCAGGCUGCUUUAAACAGUGUCGUGAAUUUCUGGGGACCUGAUUUUAGAUUCUGUUGUUUGUCAAAACUUAAUUUCAAAAUACCUGUCGUGUUUUCAUAUUGCCCAGCAGUGGCUUGUAGAUGGCACUCCUCUUAUUUUCAAAGAAUGUCAAAAGCUAUUUUUAAAAAUAAAGGUAUAUAUUUUCUCAAA